GCUGCAGCAGCUCUAGUCAAACGACAGUGGAGAAGUGAUUACUCCAAACGGUAAAAGCAAAGAGCAGGACUAUUUCUAACAAUGAGAGUUUACAACUUGCUGCUGCUCACUUUUGUGACUGCCCUGGCUUCUCUGGCUGCAAGCGGCGAGGCACACAUUCCUGACUGCACGGAUCAUAUUAAUGGACUCUCGUUCGCGGAUCCCAUUAGCUGCUCCAGCUUCUAUGUUUGCCUACGCGGCCGUGCACUGAGAAGAGAGUGCGGACAUGGCCUGUACUUUGAUCCCAGGACUCAGAUCUGCAACCUACCGCGCCUUGUCGAGUGCCACAAUGGCGAUCGCAGUGGUUCGAUAGUCACUGGAGAUGCUCACGACGAUCAUCUGGCGGCCCCAGGUGGUAAAGCUCCUUGCGAAACAACUCCGAAGCCACCGUGCACUAAGACAGCCCCUACAGCUCCCCCACCCUGCACGAAAACAAGUACCCCAAGCGCAGAAUCACCAAGUGAAACAACUACACCUUGUGAGACAACUAGACGGACGACAACACCAGCGGAGAAAUCCACAAAGACAACAACUAUAAAAAGUAACAACACCGAAAGCAACAACUCCUCUGGUAUCAACUGCUGGUCCAGUAACCGAAAAGACAACAACACCGAAAGCAACAACACCUAAGGCAGAAAA